ACUACUAUAUAUUAGUCUGUUUGGUGUCAAUGUUAAAGAUAAAGAGGGAUCAUAAGAACAUAAAUCCAUAUAGUAUAUAAGAUAUUGUAGACCCUUUGUAAGAGGACAAACCUUAGAAUGUCUUGGUUCCUUGUAAUACUGUUUCUGAUUGUAACAUUUGGUACAUUUUCUGAGGCUAGUCAUCAUCAUCAUCAUCAUCACAAGAAGCCUCUUUCUGCUGUUGUGGUUGGUACUGUUUAUUGUGACACAUGUUUUCAACAGGAUUUCUCCAUGGGAAAUCAUUUCAUUUCAGGUGCAUCAGUUGAAGUAGAAUGCAAAGAUGGAAAUGAAAUUUCAAAACCAAGAUUCAAGAAACAAGUCAAAACAAAUGAACAUGGUGAAUUCAAAAUCCAACUUCCAUUCUCAGUAAGCAAACAUGUAAAGAGAAUCAAAGGGUGUGUAGUGAAAUUAGUAAGCAGCAAUGAACCAUUUUGUUCUAUAGCUUCAGCAGCCUCAUCUUCAUCACUUCACCUAAAAUCAAGAAAACAAGGACUACACAUUUUUUCAGCAGGGUUUUUCUCAUUCAAACCACUUAAACAACCAAAUUUAUGUAACCAAAAACCAAGUGUUGUUCAAAACACAAAAAAACUUCUUGAUUCUUUGAAAAAAACUUCAUUUCCUCCCAAAAUUGAUCCUUCUUUUCCACCCCCACUUCAAGAUCCAAACCCCCCUAGUGGUGUUCUUCCUUUCCUUCCACCAGUUCCUUUAGUACCUGAAAUUCUUACACCAAUAUUGCCACCUGAAUUGUCACCACUAAUCCCUAGUGGAAUGACUAGUGAAGAAUCCAAAUACAAAUCAACUAAAACUUCAAAAAAUUUAGAUGAAAAAAAUGUAAUUAACCUUGAUACUUUUAACCUUCCUCCUAAUCCAUUUUUAUCACCACCAUUAGUCCCUAAUAAUCCAUUACAGCCACCAACUUCAACACCAUUAGUCCCUAAUCCACUUCAACCACCUCCAUUAGUUCCUAAUAAUCCAUUACAACCACCAAGUACACCACAUUUUCCUGAUCCAUUUCAUCCAACAAUUCCUUUAUUACAUCAAAUUCUUCCACCAAUAUUGUCACCAUUAGUCCCAAAUGGAAUGACUAGUGAUGCAUCCAAAUCCAAAUCAACAAAAACUACAAAAAAUGUUCAAUCAUUAGAUGAAAAAAAAGCAACUAACCUUGAUUCCUUUAACCUUCCUCCUAAUCCUUUUUUUCCACCACCAUUACUCCCUAAUAAUCCAUUACAACCACCAAGUACACCAACUAUUCCUAACCCAUUUCAACCACCAACUCCAACACCAUUAGUCCCCAAUAAUCCAUUUCUGCCACCUCCAUCAGGGUCAUCACCAUUGUUUCCUUUUCCGUCGGUACCAGGUUUAAGUCCUUCACCGCCACCUUCGUCACCACCAGGAUUGGCUUUUCCUUUUCCUCCAUUAUUCCCUCCACCUGGUAGUGGCACACCUCCUGCUUCUACAAAGAAUGUUUCUCCUUAACUAAAUGAGUACAUACUCAAAUUGGUCAUCAAAAUUGUAAGAUUGUAUCAAUCCAGUCCCUCAUAUUAUCGAUAUUUCAAAAUGAUCACUAAAAUUGCCGAAGGACUAGAAUGUCAUUAAAUUCGUUACAUCGGGAUGCAUUUGAUAACAUAUCUAAGAUGAAUGUGUUUAACCUUUUGCAAUUUCAGUGAUUAUUUUAAAAUAUUGAUAAUGUAGGGGACUAAAUUGAUACAUUCCUACAAUUUCAAUUACAAACUUGGAUAUUUAAAUAUAGCAGCUAAUAUCCUUGUAUAAUUCUGUAAUAACUCCUUCCAUGAUGUUUAGUGACUAAUACUGAAAAAAAUUGAAAUAUCACUGAUGUAUUAGUAAUAAAUUUUAAGGAUAAGGUUACCUUUGAGCUUCAA